GACUAUUUUGAGCUUUUUCUCGCUACAGUUCACACUUCCACUGUUGCACAGCAAGCAUUGAAUUUCAACAGUAGAGGAAGCAAAUAGCUAUGGAAUCUUCUCUUCUUCUUCAAGUUUUCUUGAAUUUCGAGCCUUAAAGCAUAGCAUAUCCAAUCAUUCACGGCACUGCAUCAAUGACCCACAGUUUAUAUGAAAUGGAGUUAGGGCUGGUCACCCUGUUGAGAGCUGUAUGGGUUGCUGCGACUUUGCCCGUUGUUAUCGCUUUGAUUCCUUCAUACAAGCUUAGUUUCUUUCAACAAUUCGUCCUAGGGUUUGCUAAGCGUGGCAAGAUUAUGCAGUCUUCGUCAAAUAAAUUCUCUGUUCCACAGAAACUCUUCACUCACUUCUAUAUUCUAGCUUUUGUUUGGACAACACUUCUGUUAGCUGCAACCUGGCUUUAUGCUUAUAGUACAAUGGCAAAGAUCUCAGAACCAUUGCUUUUUUCUAGUAUUGCUAGCCACUUGACGGGAGGAUCGCGUAUCUUCUCUUUGCACAGUUCUCAUACAUCAAAGGAACAUAGAAGCAGGAUUGCUGUAUCGAUCUUUCUAUUUUUAUUAAUGGAAGCUCAAGUACUGCGGCGCCUGUUUGAGUCAAUAUAUGUGUUUAAAUAUAGUCCUUCAGCCAGGAUGCACAUUUCCGGCUACCUCACAGGUUUAUUCUUCUAUACAGCAGUUCCCAUCUCUCUUUGCUGCAAUCAUGCUACAGAGGUAUACAAGUUUGGGUUGAGUUUGAUUCAAGAGUUUAUUGUCAAAGGAAAAGAUAGGAUGCUAGCAACUGAGGUUGAUUGGUGGAAAUUUUUUAACCCUCUCAUGCAACUACGAUGGUACUCAUGGAUUGGUGCAGCUAUAGUUUGUUGGGGCUGGAUUCAUCAAUGCCGUUGUCAUGCAAUUCUAGCUGGUCAAGGUUGGAACAAGCUCGGAAUAUGGAUUCUUGACCUUAAGAAUUUUGUAGGUUCUAAAUGUGGAUACAUGUGCAUGGGCGAUGCCGCGAUGGAUCUCACCACCAUUAAGACUCACUAUUAGAGUUACUUCUUUUUCAUAAGGCACAUUGGCGGUUAAGAGGUUGUGAGUUCCUGACAACUGUAGCUGCUCUAGAUAUUAUUACUGGAUGUGGUUUGACUUUUUGGUUGAUUCUCAUCGAGAGAUUGCAAAUACAAGGAUGAACAGAUAGUGAGGUUGAUGUGAUAGCAUAUGAUGAUAAUACAAUUGUUGAAUCAAUAGCCUAUGAAGGUGAAUAACCGAACUUAUUCACUUCCUCUUAGUCUAUGUAAAUAAAUCUUAUACGCUGGAUAAAUUCAGUGCAACAAAAGUACAUGAGCUUAUAAGAGGUUUGACUAACUUCUGUCCGUUGCUUCAUUCUGUUGUUUUUUACUUAUUCUGCUGGUUCUUAAAAUUUUCUUUAGUAAAUUUCCCUGUCAACAUAAAGCUAUUUCUCUUUGAACUUGACAGCUGAUUCUUUUAUUAUGUUUGUGACUGUUAUUGAGGCGUAGUUGUAUGCUUGUGUUGGUUAUUUCAUCUUCAUCAUUGCGAUAUAACAUCUUUAUAUUGCC